ACAUCCUUCUUACCAAAACUUCCCUUAAAAGAAUAUAUCAGUAGAAUUAGGUAUUCACAACUCAAAAUUUCUGCAACUCAAAUGGCUUCUAAAGCCGCCAAUCGCAGAAAAAGAGCUCCAUUUCCAUCAAAUCCAAUGGAAGAUUCGAACUUGACUGAAAUCCUGCCACCUGAACUCAUCACUGAAAUCCUUUUGAGGGUUCCCGUGAAAUCCCUCUUGAAAUUCAGGUCUGUAUCGAAAUUUUGGCUUGCUUUAAUCUCUAGCCGUGAAUUUAUCAAAAACCAUCUCAGUUUAUCAGCUAGUAAUCACCAUGUGCUUAUUUCUAUUCAGAAUAGAGAUUGUAAGUGGAAUUUCAAAGAAUGUCUUUUUAGGUCUUUAUUUAAUGACUCUGUUACUGAGGCUUUUGACUUGAAGUAUCCCAUUGAAGACAACAGUAAACUUAUCGAUAUUUUGGGUUCUUGCAAUGGAUUGAUUUUGCUUAUGGGUUAUAUAGGAUAUUUGCUUUUAUGGAAUCCAACAACUAGAAUGCAUAAGAAAUUGCCUAAUCCUAGACCUAGAUGGAAGAACUACUAUGACGAUUAUGGUUUUGGAUAUGAUGAGCUUCGUGACGAUUAUAAGGUAGUGGGUAUUUUUUAUAUAUCAGGCCGUUCACAUGGGAGUGAGGUCAAAAUAUAUAGUCUAAAAAGUGAUUCUUGGACUAAUAUUGAUUAUUGUGAUGAGGAGAUAUUAAAUACUGAUGACUCUGGUAGAACAAUGAGAUUAAGAGAUUCUGGUUUUUUUGCUAAUGGGAAGCUGCAUUGGGAUACGAUUACUUUUAGUCCUAAUUUCGAUGAUGUGCGUAAGUGCAGGAGAAUUAUUUGUUUUGAUUUAGCUAAUGAGAAAUGGGAAAAGGUGGAGAAGCCCUCGUAUGGAGUAGGAGAGACUGAUAUGUGUAUGGGAAUGUUGGGAAGUGAUUUUUGUGUCUUUAGGGAUUACAACAAAACUCAGUUAGGUGUUUGGGUUAUGAAUGGAUAUGGGGUUAAAGAGUCUUGGAUAAAGAAGUUUACCAUCACGUAUCCAAUUAAGAAAGAUUUAUGUCCACCUCUGUUCAUGUCAAAUAAAGGUGAAAUGCUGGUGGCAUUAAGAACAAUUACUUCCAUUAUGUACGAUUCAAAAGACGACGCAUUCAGAUAUCCACAUGUUAUUAACUGCAAUGACUUCCAUGGAGUGGCAAUAUACGUCGAAAGCUUAGUUUGUCCUUUUUCAACUGAAGUGACAGAGAAAGCAACAAAACAAAGGCCGAAAAAGCUCAGAUCAAAACAAUUGAGAAACAAAUAAUUUAUUAGACGUCGAAAGGUGGUGAAUGAUCAAAAGAGUUUGGAAAUGAAAGAGUUGUUCGUGUUCUCAAUCAGCUAUACUUUGCAUGUAUUGCAGUUCUUAAGUUUGUUUUACAUAGAUUCCAAACAGUAUUCGCGACAAGCCGAGGUUGGCUGUCAGUUGAUUUUUCCAGCUUAACUGCAUUUGUCACAAUGUUGUAUUUGAUAAUGCACUACCAUUACUUAUCUUGUUUCUUCAUGUACCAUAUUCAGUAAU